UUCUGGCCUCUGGGAGGAGUUCUGAACGUCCCCUGUGGACAGAGUGGAAGGUGGCCCUCCUCUCCUGGAGGUAAGGAGCCAGCCAGAGGACAAUCUGGCCAGGAGGAGCUAGUGGGGAGGCUCCUGCCACCCUCUUCCCACCAUCGCAGCCUGCAGCCUCCUCCUGCUCCGUGGAGACAGCCAGCCCAGCCCCAGCCCGGGAGGAAGUUCUGCUCUCCGCCGGUGCCUCCCUCGUUAUAUUGUUGAACAGGAAACAGGGCAGCACGGGAGCCGGGCGGACGAGGAGAGAGCGCCAGACGCCUAGCUUCGCGCGCCUGCCGGGGCAAGUGGAGGCGAGGCCAGCGAGCGGAGGCCCGGAGGUGCCCAGGGCCGGGCGGGGGGAGCUGUGGGAGGUGGGAAGGGUGCCCCCGGGCGACCCGUCCUCACCAGGCAACUCCGCGCGCCUGCUCCCCUUUACUCCGCGCUGGGGCGGGAACUGAGCGAGCCGCAUCCCCCCUGGGGAGGAGGAGGUAAGCGAAGGGUUGGGGGACGGGAGGUGUCAGGCCCAGGCCCCAGCGAUAACCCAGGCAUUGAAGACACUGUAGCUCUAGUUUCCCGGGCCUUGGACCUGAGGACCUUCUGGGACGGAUGAGUUCUUGCUCCAGGCAUCCUCCCCGCUCUCCAAUCCCUCCUUGUUCUCUUCGCUUCCCCAAGGUCGGGGAAGGAGCUGAGGCCAGAUCCCCUUCCCACCCAGUCCUAGACACUGCGCUCCGGUGGGAGCAUCCCUUCUGUGGGAAUCCUAGAAAGGGCCUGGGGAGGGCUGGAGUGGGCCCGGGGAGGGUAAGGCCGCAGUCUGGCUGGAAAGGGCUGGCAGUUGGUGAUUCAGGGUGCAAAUGAUCUCUCUCGGAAAGGGAACGCCCGGACGAGACAGCCGACUUCAGCCGGGCAUUCCCAAAGCCGCGUGCCCACGGGACGCAGGGGCUCGCUAACAUCAGGUUCCGCAGCGGGUGGAGAGAGAAACCGGGCAGGGACCGAACUCUCCUCUCCCAGGGCUCUACUGGCGACUCGCCAGCGCCCCUUCAGACGAAGCCCUCCUGGCUCCGGGGCCUCCCGGGUGCCUUCUCUAGCUGCUGUUCCGCGGACGGUCUCUCGGGCCAAGCCCCUGGAAGUCCCGCCCAGGGAGAUGGUGGGGGCCUAACCUGUUGCCCCUUCGCUGGCUCCGCCCAUCCAGCCCAUGGGCUCCCGGCCGCCCGCCCAGCUAACGAAAACGCCGUGGCCGCCAUGGCGGCGGACGUCGUCAAAGGGGACGUGUACGUGCUGGUGGAGCACCCUUUCGAGUACACUGGCAAGGACGGACGCCGCGUCGCCAUCCGGCCCAACGAGCGCUACCGGCUGCUGCGCCGCAGCACUGAGCACUGGUGGCACGUGCGGCGCGAGCCUGACGGCCGCCCCUUUUACUUACCAGCGCAGUACGUGCGCGAGCUGCCAGCGCUCGGCGGUCCCGCCACUGCCCCACCGCCGACCGCGCCCCACUCGGGCCCCACGGCCCCCGAGCCUCUCGCCUACGACUACCGGUUCGUGAGCGCGUCGGCGGGCCCGGACAGUACCCCCGCCGAGCCCCGGGGCCGUGCCAGCUCGCUAUGCGGCCCUGCGCGGCGCGACGACGUGACACGUCGCAGCAACCUGGCACCUGGCCUGCCCGCCUGCCUGUAUGUGCGGCCCCUGGCGCCAGUAAGGCCAGCGCAGUCCCUGGACGACCUGGCGCGCACCGCAGUCGCGCCUCCUGCCCUCCUUGGGAGCGCGGGCGGCUUCAAGGCCUGCAGCGUGGCAGGCUCCUGGGUGUGCCCGCGGCCCCUGGCGCACAGCGACUCGGAGAACGUCUACGAAGCCAUCCUGGACGUGCGUGGCCCGCAGCCAGAAGACAGCCCUGCGCAGGUGGAUGAACCCGCAGAGCCCGUGUACGCAAACAUAGAGAGGCAGCCUCGGGCCACCUCGCCAGACACGGCCAAGACCCCCCAUCCAAGCCCGGUGUGGGAGACACACACGGAUGCUGGCACCGGGCGCCCCUACUACUACAACCCAGACACGGGCGUGACAACAUGGGAGUCGCCCUUCGAGGCUGCAGAGAGUGCCGCUAGCCCGGCCACCUCCCCGGCCUCGGUGGGCAGCCGCGAGAGCCUAGACACCGACUGGGGCCAGUACUGGGAUGAGGAGAGCCGCAGGGUGUUCUUCUACAACCCCCUGACGGGAGAGACAGCCUGGGAGGACGAGCUUGAGGACGAGCUGGAGAUGCAACCCAGCCUGAGCCCCGGCAGCCCCAGGGACCAGAGGCCCCCCACCCCCGAGACGGACUACCCCGAGUUGCUGACAAGUUACCCGGAGGAAGAUUAUUCCCCCGUGGGCUCCCUCAGUGAGCCCGGCCCCACCUCACCCCCCUUGACCACACCCCCCGGCUGGUCUUGUCACAUCAGCCAGGACAACCAGACGCUUUAUACCAACCACUUCACCCAAGAGCAGUGGGUGAAGUUGGAGGACCAGCACGGGAAGCCAUAUUUCUACAACCCAGAGGACUCUUCCGUCCGGUGGGAGCUGCCCCAGGUCCCCGUCCCUGCCCCUCGAAGCAUCCACAAAUCCAGCCAAGACAGUGACACCCCAGCCCAGGCCAGCCUCCCGGAGGAAAAGAUCAAGACACUGGACAAGGCAGGGGUGCUCCAUCGCACCAGGACAGUGGACAAGGGAAAGCGGCUCCGGAAGAAGCACUGGAGUGCCUCGUGGACAGUGCUGGAGGGUGGUGUGCUGACAUUCUUCAAAGAUUCAAAGACCUCAGCUUCGGGUGGCCUGAGGCAGCCUUCCAAACUCUCCACCCCUGAGUACACGGUAGAGCUGAAGGGGGCCUCUCUGUCCUGGGCUCCCAAAGACAAAUCCAGCAAGAAGAAUGUGCUGGAGCUGCGGAGCAGAGAUGGCUCAGAGUACCUGAUCCAGCAUGACUCAGAGGCCAUCAUCAGCACCUGGUACAAGGCCAUUGCCCAGGCCAUUGCCCAGGAGCUGUCCUCAGACUUGCCCCGGGAGGAGGAGAACGAGACCUGCAGCGCGGACUUCGGGUCCAGUGAGCGCCUGGGAAGCUGGCAGGAGAAAGAGGAUGACGUGCGACUGAGUACAGGAGCACCCACUCUGGGUCCCGGGGGCCUGGAAAGCGACCUGAGCAAGGUCCGGCACAAGCUCCGCAAGUUCCUCCAGAGGCGGCCCACGCUGCAGUCACUGCGGGAAAAGGGCUAUAUCAAAGACCAGGUGUUCGGCUGCGCGCUGGCCGCGCUGUGCGAGCGCGAGCGGAGCCGGGUGCCGCGCUUCGUGCAGCAGUGCAUCCGCACCGUCGAGGCCCGCGGGCUGGACAUCGACGGGCUAUACCGCAUCAGUGGAAACCUGGCCACCAUCCAGAAGCUGCGCUACAAAGUGGACCACGAUGAGCGCCUCGAUCUGGACGACGGGCGCUGGGAGGACGUGCAUGUCAUCACCGGCGCCCUGAAGCUCUUCUUUCGGGAGCUGCCCGAGCCCCUCUUCCCCUUCUCUCACUUCCGCCAGUUCAUCGCGGCCAUCAAGUUGCAGGACCAGGCCCAGCGCAGCCGCUGUGUACGGGACCUGGUGCGCUCGCUGCCUGCCCCCAACCACGACACACUGCAGACCCUCUUCCAGCACCUGUGCCGGGUGAUCGAGCACGGCGAGCAGAACCGCAUGUCAGUGCAGAGUGUGGCCAUCGUGUUCGGACCCACGUUGCUCCGGCCGGAGGUAGAAGAAACCAGCAUGCCCAUGACCAUGGUGUUCCAGAACCAGGUGGUGGAGCUCAUCCUGCAGCAGUGCUCAGAUAUCUUCCGGCCUCACUGACUGCGGACCAGGGACUGGGGGUGACUGGAGGUCACCCAGCUGGAGUUUCUGAGACCCUCCGCCUCCCACCUGUCUGCAGGCAGGUGUGACUUCUGUACCCCCUCGGUUCAGAGGGUAUGGUUACCCCUGGUGGGCAGUUCACAAAAUGUGACACGCACACCACCCCCACCCCCCACCAUUCCCCACCCCAGCCCCAGCAUGUCCUAUUUGGAGGUUAAUUGGGUUUUGUUUUCUAUCACAGCAGGCAGUCUACCAUGCUUGUGGGAGAGUAUGUAUUGGGGGAAUUUUCUGGGAAGGACCAUGCUGGGAUGAGAAAUUUAGUGAGGGGCUUCCUAGUUUCUUCUGUCCUUCACUGAGACCCGUGGGCGCCCCCUGUGGCAGUCCUGAAGCAGCUGUGACAACUUCCCCACUGUAGAAACAUGACUGACCAGGCCUCCAGCCUGGGCAGCUGAACCCACUUUCCUUAGGCCUCAGGGAUAGCUCCUGCUGACCCUCUGGCAGGCUGGCCGUGGACCAGUUUCCUGUUCGGGUUCAGUGCCUCUGCCCUCCCUGACUCACCUGUGUUCUGUGCAAGGGUUCUUUAUGUUAGCUAAAUGUAUACCCUGAACCUCCACUAGAAGUGCACCAUUUCCACACACCAUCCCAUUUUACAGAUGAGGAGACUGAGGCUUGCAGAGGCAAAGUGACCUAUUCAAGGUCCAGUGAAUGAUCUGACUCCCCAGAAAAGUCUCCUCUCAUCUUAGAGCACAGCCUGAGGUCAGGGGGAUUGAUCCUUUCAUCUAUCCACCCCCAACCUCUAGCAUGGGCCUGUGAGCUAAGCAAAAGGACUAAGCUGCGUGUGUUCUGUCUAGACUGGGGUAGGUCUCUGAAGGGAAAGAGGGAGCCUGUCCUAGCUGUUCUCUCCUGAGGGGAGAGGAAAACACUGUAGGAGCCCCCAGCCUCUCUUGGCACUCUGUCUGCCAAAUAUGCCCACCUCAUGCCCACCUUGCCAUGAAGAGCUGGGAGAGGCUAUAGGGUAGGGGACAGGAGGGUGAAACCUCAAGACAAGAAGUGUGAACCCUGCAUUCAGCUGUCCCUCCCCUCCUCAGACAUGAGCCACCUCAGCAAAUGGAUCUCAGCCUCCGGCCCCACCCACCUGUUCAUUUAUUCAACAAUGACAGCUAAUAUUUAUUGGACAUUUGUACCAUGCCAGGCAUUUUACUUGGAUUAUCUCAUUUGUUUGUCACAGCCAAUAUUUAUUGUCUGCUUUUCUGUGCCAGGCACUGUGCCCUGGGGUGAGGGAGAGUACAUCUGCCUGCCAUGGUGGAACGUAUGGUCUGGCAGGUGAGGCUGACUCGUGCCCACCCCCAGUGCCAGCGGGGCCAGGGCAAGAAUACGUGGAGACCUCAUACCAAAUGUACAGACAUUUAAAAGCUAUAAAUCAAGCUAACAACUGUUAAAUAAAGUAUGUUCUAUUCUCCUA